UCCGCAGGCAGCUCACGCCUGUCGAGUGAUAUAAAUUAAUGUUAUUUUUUUUUCGUCAUUCGCGUAACACAUAUUUGAUAUUAUUACGUACAUAAUAACAAUAAUUGUUUUACUAUUGUCGGGGCGGUAGACGAACGGAAUUGAAAUCGAUGAGCUUCACGAUUUACAGCAGCGUACUAGAUAAUCGUUUCCGUUGUUUGGACGCCGAGAAGAUAGCCGUUUGUUGUGAAAAUGAUGAACACUCGACCGCGGCUGCAGUGACAAUCACUUAUUAUAAACAUUAAGAAUCAGUAAGACACAACAUCAGAAUGGCGGGUGGAACUAGUUUAGUCGUUCCCAUAGUACUCUGGGGUAAGACGCCCUUGACACAUUGCAUUUCUUGUGUGUAUUUAUCUCCCGAUCAACGUACACUCGUCACCGGUUGUUACGACGGACAAAUAUGCCUUUGGUCCGUGUCACCGGAAACAUUAAAGAUGGUACCCAGAUGUUUACUCGUUGGACAUACCGCACCAGUUUUGUGUCUUACAUAUGCCAGUAUCAUUGCAGACAAUGGAUUUUUUGUGAGCUCUUCUGAAAAUGGGGAAAUGAGCACUUGGGAUAUAGUCGAUGGAAAAUGUAGAGAAGUCACCAAAUCGUUAUACAUCCAUACAAAUAUUCAGGCUUAUCGUAUGGUCGGGACCGAGGAUGUUCGAUUGUUUUGCAACGGUUAUUACGCCGAAGUGAUAAUUAUGAAUCCAUUUACUUUGGAAAUAAUAUUUUCGUUGUCAUCGCGCGUCAACCCAGAUUGGAUUAGUGCUUUAUACGUGUUGAAACCACAUACAUGUAAAGAUGAUGUCGUUUUGGGCUUAACGACGACUGGCACGGUAAAAGUAUGGACUUUGGAGCAGCGUGAUUAUGGACCGACAGACCCUCCCGUGUAUGAAAACGAAAGUAAACAGAUAAGAUGUUUGAACGCUUUGACAAUGGCUUGUUGUACUCAACAUCAAAGAACCGUAUUGAUUGUUUGCUCAAAGUGUUGGCAGAUAUACGAUGCAGGUGAUUUUUCGGCUUUAUGCACAGUGUACGCACCACGGGGCGAGCGUUGGCUUGGAGGAGAAUUUUUAGCACCCGAUCGAGUACUUAUUUGGACCGACGAUGGAAAAGGAUAUUUGUACAAACUUCCUGCAAAUAGUAUAGUUGAUAAUAAAAACUUCCAUAAGCAAGCUGAAGAAGGCGAUAAUCCUUACUUGUACAGUGUGUUGUCGGUUCCAUCAAACAACAAGCACCUUUAUUGUUCUCCGGCUAUACGAUUUUACGAGUCUCAUCAGCACGGCAAGAUAUUGAUUAGAGGCGAUUCGGAAGGCGCUGUGAAUAUAUGGAAAAUUCCCGAUCUAUCUCCAGCUCAACUAUCGUACAUAAAAGAAAAUGAUGUUCACAAAAAGUUAUCAGAACUUUCGCCAUUUGUGUGCACGAGUUUGUCUAAAGCUUGGCAAUCUAUGAAACCUCAUCCAGUGGGCAUUCUUAAUCAAUUGGAUUGUGAAAAUGUGCCAAAUAUUAAAUUAACCGCUAGCAUCUACUUGGCCGGCCAGAGUAGACUCGUAAUAGGCAGACAAGACGGAUCCAUUGUUAUUAUUCCGGCAACCCAAACGGUUAUGCUUCAGCUGUUACACGGCAAUCAUCAACAUUACAAAGAUUGGCCGCCCCAUCAAAUUCUUCUCGGUCAUAACGGCCGUGUGAAUUGUUUAUUAUAUCCUAAUCAUAUGCACUCGAGAUACGACAAAUCACACUUGCUGUCCGGAGGCGUAGAUUUCGCCAUAUGUUUGUGGGAUUUGUACGCCGGCACGUUAUUACACAGAUUUUGUGUACACGCCGGUGAAAUCACACAACUGUUGGUGCCACCAAAUACAUGUGCUAACCCCAGAAUAUUGAAAUGCAUUUGUUCAGUUGCGAGCGAUCAUUCUGUUACGCUGUUGAGUCUCAACGAACGAAAAUGUGUCGUGCUGGCUUCUCGACAUUUAUUCCCGGUCGUCACUAUAAAGUGGCGGCCGUUGGAUGAUUUCAUGAUUGUCGGUUGCUCAGACGCAACUGUAUAUGUUUGGCAAAUGGAAACUGGUCAUUUGGAUCGCGUACUCCAUGGAAUUAGCGGAGAGGAAGUGUUAUACGCUUGCGAUGAGAAUACAACAAUUUCUAGUUCAGUGGAUUCAGGCCUCGCCAAUCCAGCAGUACAUUUCUUCCGGGGAUUACGUCAUCGUAAUAUAAACGCCAUAAAACAUGCAACACAGCGAGGAAUUCAUCAGUUGCAACAGAUGCAUCAGAAUUCCAAUGCAGACUGUAUCGAUCACAGCAAAACCAGGGCUUAUCCGUUAAUGGUGCAAGGUCUUCGGACUAAUCCUAACGAUCCAGAAUGUCAUAUUUUAUGUUUCGAUAUUGAAGCUCUAGUCGUUCAACUGUUGAGCGAGGAAUACGAUCUUAUGUCUCCGAAAACCUUAGAAGCACACGGUUUGAUAAAUGCCACCGAGUACCAAAAAACAGCCGCACUCACUCAAGCGGUAUCUUCGGAAGCACAUAAAAAAAUUGUCGACUUUUUUGGCAAGGUCAAAGACAAGGCUGGUGACAUGGAACGUAUAUUGAAGGAGAAAGAUAAACAUGGAAUUAUACCUAAACGAAAAGAUGGCUCUGAAAACAUACUAACUAAACUUCAAUCUGUUAUCGACGGUUCGGACAACAAGUCUAAUGACAACAAAGGCGUGAACCUUAGCGGCGUAGUGUGUCGUAAAGUGUGUGGCGCCAACCUAACUAUGGAAAUAGCACAGCUGUUGAUGUCGUUAUUGUACGCUUGGGGAUUGGAUCCAGACGUGGACAAGAUCUGCGAGGCUAAACUCGGCUUGCUGCGGCCCAUGAUACCGGUUUCUUUUGGCGUCAUAUCCAAAGGCGGCUUUAUGAGUUUGCUGUUACCCACUUGGCAGAGUAGCAUAGACUUGGACGACAACUUUGUGAAAAACAGCCAGGCACCGUUGAAAGACCUACCGCCCGAGAUGGUCCACUUGGAACUGCUGACCAGACUGUUCACGGCCAGAACCCACUGGGAAGUGAGCACCACCGUGACUAGCCAACACUUGUUGGCUAUAGUGGCCAUCGCCAACACGUUGAUUUCCAUGAGCGCUCCCGGUUUCCUAGAAAACUCAUUUUCCAGACAACUGUCGGUUAAAAGCCGCCCCGAAGAAGGCAACGCCGACCAGAGCGGCUCGCAGAUAACGCAAGUCAAACAAGGAUGGUCGCAGCUAAAGAAUUUGCACUGCGUGUCGUUGCCCGAAAAGGUGAUCGCACACGGGUCGAAAAGUUUCAAACGCAUACAAAUAGAAAUGUUGGCUCACCGUUGGCAGCAUCACUGUUUAGAGGUGCGCGAAGCAGCUCAAGCUUUGCUGUUGGCCGAGCUCGAACGAAUCGGGCCCAAAGGCCGUAAAACACUGGUUGAGUUUUGGGUGCAGUAUUUACCAGUAAGCCACUCGAUCGGUAGCAUGCAAUCAGCUCCUGCUAGCUAUAACAAUCUAACUAACGUAAACGCUAAUGAAAACAUAGAAUCAACGGCAAGCACUCAAGACGACGAGGACGACGACGAAGAGGACGGCCUGGAAGAUUUGUGCUUGAGAAAACCAUCGUCCAUAAGCGAGUUGCGUCGCAAACAAACGACUGCGGUGAUUUUGAUGGGCGUAAUGGGCGCCGAGUUCGGGCAGGAGGUCAGCGCAACGGAUUCCGGUUCUAACAUUAACCGGUCACAGUCGACCACGCUUUGCAGGAAGCCCGAAGAGGCCAGAAGGAAGAGUUCGGUUGUCGAAGGAUUUGGCAUCGGAAACAAUAAUUUGUCGAGACUCACCAGCUUAGCGUUGACGCAGUUACUCUUGUCGCCGUCCUCCAUGAAGUUGCCGGCGCACAUGGCGUUGCGCAGGGCCGCUGUGGAUUUAAUCGGUCGCGGAUUUGUCGUGUGGGAACCGUAUUUUGACGUUAGCAAAGUGUUGUUGGGUAUUUUGGAACUGUGCUGCGACACCGACAAGUUGGUUCCUAGCAUGUCGUACGGACUACCUUUGACACCAGCCGCAGACUCGUGCAGGACGGCUCGACACGCUCUCAUACUGAUUGUGAACGUUCGGCCGGCACUGUUCAUUACCACCAUUUCCAGAGAGGUGGCUCGCUACAACAGCAUGCAACAAAACACGCAGGCCAUGAACACGGCGCUGAGCAAUUCGGUGUUGCACAGAGCCAAACCUGAGAUACUGCACAUCAUGGAACAUUUGAUCGAGAAAAUGCAUUUCGAAAUGACAGAGCUGUUGGUCGAGGUGAUGGAUAUCAUUUUGCACUGUGUGGAUCCAACUCAACUGAAGACCCGAAGCCUGUCUGAAGUGUUCCCCGCAAUAAGCAGAUUCAGCCAAGUCACCCAUUGUUCCACGUCCAGGCGCAUAGCAGUCGGCACCAAGAUGGGCACGAUAGCGUUGUACGAGCUGAGAUCGUCCAAAUGUCAGACCAUUAAUGCACACACCAAACCUAUUAGCGCUUGCGCUUUUUCGCCGGACGGAAAAUUCCUCGUGUCGUACAGUGCGGGCGAAAACAAAUUAUCCUUCUGGCAGACGUCCACAGGAAUGUUCGGCUUGGGCAAUAGCCAGACCAAGUGCACCAAAUCGUACAGCACCGAAAUACAGGACCCGACCCGUUCCAGCCAAUUGCGACAGAUCAAAUUGCACUGGACAAAUAACCGUAGCGUUAGAUUUAUGUCGGACGGUUUGGAACGAACAUUUGUUAUUUAAAAAUGUUGAACAGUUAAUUUAUUGUAUUAAACAUUACAAACACUAAGUCAUAUUUAGAAAAUGUCAUGUAUGAAGCAUACGAUGUAAUUUAUACAUAAUAAUAUAUUCUAUUAGUCGUAGAUAUUAAUAAUAAUAAUAAUAAUAAUUUAUACAAAGAGUAUUAUAAUCAUACAAAUA